GCGUCGGGGCAUGGAAGCGCACGUGGAGCACGCACGACUGCGUCUCCCCGGGCGACGUUAUUCUGUGAUUUGGCAGAUGCAGCUGCAGAGAGGCUGGGGCGGCCAGAGGAGAGGGAAGAGAGUAGAGUUAGUCUGUCUGUGAGGAUGGUGCGAUUUCGGACACUCGGCCGACCCUGGUUGUCUCUGUGCCUGGCGAUGCCAACUGCAGCGCAUGCCUACAUUUGCGCGUCUGUAGGACCUCGUCUUGCACAGACGUACCGAACGGUUCUUCUCGCCUAUCCUCCCUGUUUACCUUAUCCUGCACCGGAGCGCUUUGCAGACGGCCUGACUGGUCUGGCAUUCUGA